CUGAACGUUUAGGCAGAAAACAGUGAAUUUAUCAUUUUUUUCGUCAAAUAACACGAACAAACCGACCGGGGAAAUCAGUGUUCAUUCAGCAUAUUGGAGAUAACUGGAAGAAUUUUCACUACAGCGCGUCUUUCUUGUAACAUUUGCUCCAGAAAAGAGCAGUUCAGUUCACCCUCCGACAGCUGGUUUGCGGAUUCCCCCUUCCCCCUUGCAGUUGAAGUUCAGUGAGCCAGCUGAGAUGAGCGGUCCAGAAGUGGCCAAGACACCGGGUGGCGGGGCUCCAGGAAAAGAAGGAAAGGAGCCAGUGGCCAAUGGGCAUGGAGGAGAGGGCAAUGAUGCCAACCCAUUUGCUGAGUACAUGUGGAUGGAGAAUGAGGAGGAAUAUAACAGACAGGUGGAAGAGGAGCUGUUGGAGCAGGAGUUUUUGGAGCGCUGUUUCCAGGAAAUGCUUGAGGAAGAGGACCAGGAUUGGUUUAUCCCGUCACGUGACCUCAACAACCAGGGAGUGGGGCAGCUGCAACAGCAACUCAACGGUCUGUCGGUCAGCGAUCACCACAGCAACCUGGAGGAAGUGGCGAGGAAGAGCAUCUUGAAUCCCGAAGCAAAGGAGUUCAUCCCGGGGAAGAAAUACUAGGAGUCCCCCUCACCCCCAUGGAGCCUCCACAUGCACACACCAGUCCUCAUAUAUUUUCAGAGACUCUUGCGGCCUCGUCCGCACACACAGAUUCUUUCGCACACAUGCACGCACACACUCAUUGACACACUUGAAGUCAUUGGCGUGCUGGCAGGCCCGGUUGGGGGGUGGGGGGAUUUCUUUUUUUUUUUUUUUUUUUCUUUUUCUUUAAUCUUUUUAUUUCCUGUUUGUUUCUUGUAAACUGAGGAACGUUGGGAACAGGGUUGGGGGAGGGUGUGGUACCAGCACCACCCUACUGCUGGCGCUAGCUCAUCAUUGUAUUUCAGGUGACACCUUUUUGACAUUUGCAGAGCACACAGAUCUCAGUGAAGUUUCCUUGGAACUGAGGCAGCUACCCAGGAGUGAUGCCAGAACAAAACUUAAAUCCCAAUAAUUAAAUUCAUUUUGACAAACAUGUUCAUUUCUAUGAUUUCAAAUUGGGUAAAAUAUCAUCAGCAUGUUGAGGGUUUCAAUGAAGUUGGAAGUGGACUAACAUUUCAGGGGACUUUACUGGGCUUCUGCUACUCUGUUAAGUCAUCAGUCAUUCAAAUCCAUUAAUAUCCGCUCCUAUGAUGUCUCAAACUUCUUGUGACAUCACAGCUCUCGUGCAUCUAAAGAUGCGGCUUCGUUAUUUGUAUCUACGACGACUCCGUUCCAAACCAAAUACUUGCUCCACCCUUAUCCUUUCAAAUAAAGUGAUCAGAGCAGGCAUGGACAGGUGUUGUGAAUAAGUAGUUGUUUUUCCAAUUCAGGUGGAAAUCUUGAGUUUAUCUUGCAGCCAAUCUGGAAGAGCAAAGGUGGCAAAUGUCAAAAUCAUGCGUUGAGUUAAAAUAUUAGAAGGAUACGCGUUAUAAAGUUUUAUCAUUUUUGUUGGCUCACUUCAUAUCUUGAGUUUGGAUUUCUGAAGUGUUCAGCCUUGUUUCAGGUGAAAAGUGUUUGGUGUGGAACGCAGCCACCUCGUUCUGCUGAAACAACUUGGUUUGUUAAGCGUCAGAUCAAGUGUCCAUAUCCAGAUCAGGUUUUCAAAUAGCCUCUCCUCCCUUUUUUUCCCCCCUCUCCCUUCCUCCCUUCUUGUUUUUGAGGAUGAGGUUUUUUUUUGUUUGUUUCCACUGGGUAUAGUCGCCUGUGGCGUCCAUGCAGUCCUGUUUGUAGGAAGAAACAGUAGGGAGAAAAGUAUCAGAUUAAUACAGUAUGGAGCUUGUGGUGGACAGUAUUACCUACUUGCCAUUCUUGUCCUAUCUGAGGACAGUUUUUUUGUUUCUUUGCCCCCAUGAGGAAGUUCAGCUUUUAAACCAUAAAUCUUUGCAGUCUUGGAUUCAUCAGUCUCCCUCCAUAGUUGAGUAUAGCAUCCAUUAGGUUGUAAGUCAAUAGAAACUUUCCCAGAAAUCCAUUUCGCCACAGUAAUCUUGAAUUUAAAUAUUGCUCCUUCUCAGUUUAAGAUAUUUUGCCUUCAAAAUAGUAUUGUCAAAUUGUUCUGAUCUUCAUGCCAGCAAUCAUUUGUGGUAUUAACAGCUGUGAUAUUUUUCCUUUUUUCUCGUGUAAAGCAGACAUGUGCUGCACGUUUGAAUUUAUCAUCUGACAAGUAGCACUUCUGUCCACCCUAGCAGCUUUUUCUGGCUCCAUCGUGUUCCCCAACAAUGCAGUAGAGACAGUGAAGUGUUGGUUUAAAGGGGAACUUCCUCACAGGGUUGGACCACAGCUGUGGAAUGGCACUCUGGAGAAGCCAAUAGGAAUGUCCGCCAGGUGGAUUGUACAACAUGAAAUCAUUUUUGGUGAUUUUGUUUGCGUUAGAUGACAGAAGCUGUUUUAAAAGGAAAAAAAAAAAAGUUCAGAUGACACAGUAUGAAUUUCAAUACAAAUAAAAAUAAUGAAAAAAGAUGAAUAAAGAUGUUAAAGACA